AAAUAGUAAUCCCUAGAAAUUAAUUUGACAUUGGCGAGACGGUAAUUAAUUCGAAAAGUCAAAUAUACGAGAGGAAAGCUUACCCCUGCACAGUUAGAAGGAAAAAAAACAUUUUCAGAAAAAAAAAAAUUACAAAAAACGUCACGCACAGAUCUCCGCUAUCCUUCCCCGUCAAACCUCCGUAGCCGUCAGCGUCCAUACCCCCCGCCGCCGCAAGCCCACUCCCGACGCGGAACUAAACUAAAGCAAGUUGAGUUAAGGAGCAAUGGGUAUCAUAGAGAGGAUCAAAGAAAUUGAAGCCGAAAUGGCACGCACCCAAAAGAAUAAAGCCACGGAAUAUCAUCUGGGUCAGCUGAAAGCAAAGAUAGCAAAGCUAAGGACACAGUUGUUGGAGCCUCCAAAAGGUUCUAGUGGAGCUGGAGAGGGUUUUGAAGUCACAAAAUUUGGCCAUGGACGUGUUGCACUAAUAGGAUUUCCAAGUGUGGGAAAGUCAACACUGCUGACGAUGCUGACAGGAACACAUUCUGAGGCUGCAUCAUAUGAGUUCACUACUCUUACUUGCAUCCCAGGCAUAAUCAACUAUAAUGACACUAAAAUCCAAUUGCUUGAUCUUCCUGGGAUUAUCGAAGGUGCAUCUGAAGGGAAGGGGCGUGGUAGACAGGUAAUUGCCGUAUCAAAAUCAUCAGACCUAGUGUUGAUGGUUCUGGAUGCUUCAAAAAGUGAAGGGCAUCGGCAAAUCUUAACAAAAGAAUUGGAGGCUGUGGGUCUUCGUUUAAAUAAGAGACCGCCUCAGAUAUACUUCAAAAAGAAAAAAACCGGUGGAAUUUCAUUCAACAGCACAGUGCCUUUAACUCACAUAGACGAGAAGCUCUGCUAUCAAAUUCUUCAUGAAUAUAAGAUCCAUAAUGCUGAGGUCUUAAUUCGUGAAGAUGCCACAGUGGAUGACCUUAUUGAUGUCAUUGAGGGAAACCGUAAAUACAUGAAGUGUGUUUACGUCUACAAUAAGAUUGAUGUUGUUGGUAUUGAUGAUGUGGACAGAUUGUCCCGCCAGCCAAACUCUAUUGUCAUUAGCUGCAACAUGAAGCUAAACUUGGAUAGAUUGCUUGCGAGAAUGUGGGAAGAGAUGGGUCUUGUGAGAGUCUAUACAAAACCACAAGGCCAGCAACCGGAUUUCACUGAUCCUGUUGUUCUUUCAACUGACAGAGGUGGCUGCACCGUUGAAGAUUUUUGUAACCAUAUCCAUAGGAGUCUUGUGAAGGAUGUCAAGUAUGUGUUGGUCUGGGGUGUCAGUGCAAGACACUACCCCCAACACUGUGGCCUUAGUCACGUUCUCCAAGAUGAGGAUGUCGUACAGAUUGUUAAGAAGAAGGACAAGGAAGGCGAAGGUAGAGGCCGUUUCAAAUCUCAUUCCAAUGCUCCAGCUCGUAUAUGCGACCGAGAAAAGAAGGCGCCAUUAAAGACAUAAAGACCCCUCUAAGCAUAGUAAAAUGUCUUCUUGUUUUUUUACUGCAAUGUGAGUAUUUUGUAAGGUUUGCCUGCCUACAUUAAAUCAUGCCCUUAUAGUGGGACACCUUAACUGAGGUUGGUAUGCUUUGUCCACUGGGCUACCCUUCCUUUUGUGUUCACCAAAAAAUGUGCCAAAUUUUUGUGGCCCCUGUGCAAUAUAUUCGUUUUGUUUGG